AUGACGCACUCCUUCCCCGAACCCAUCAAGCUCCACGACGACGAGACGAGCUCGACGCAGUCGGAGGCGUCCGACUCGGUCCCGAACACGUUCGAGGGCCCCGAGAAGAACCUCGAGAUCGACUUCAAGCUCGGCGUCGGCCACCCGCGCGGCCUGCGCGAGGUGCCCCGGGCCGACCUGGACGAGAUGCUCGAGGCCGGCCAGUGCCAGAUCCUGUCGCGCACGAGCAACGAGCACAUCGACGCCUACGUGCUGUCCGAGAGCUCCAUGUUCAUCUACGCGCACAAGAUCGUGCUCAAGACGUGCGGCACCACGACGCUGCUCAAGUGCCUGCCCUUCAUCAAGACCUUCUCGGAGCGCCUCGGCCUCGAGAUCGAGUGGGUCAACUACUCGCGCAAGAACUACACGUUCCCGGAGGAGCAGAAGUACCCGCACACGAGCUUCCAGACCGAGGUGGCGUUCCUGAGCUCCUACUUCCCGGACGGCUCGGCCCACGUGCUGGGCCCGCUGAACCACGACCACUGGUACAUCUACGCCUGGGACGCCGACAUCCACGAGAAGCCCGGCGCCAUCACGCACAACUUCGCCCAGGAGGAGCCCGGCGCCAACGAGAGCACGCUGCACGUGCUCAUGCAGGACAUGCACCCGAGCGUGGCCAAGCAGUUCUUCAAGAACAACGACACGACCAUGACGUCGCGUCGCAUGACGAUCGAGAGCGGCAUCCGCGAUCUGGUACCUGGCGCCGUGAUCGACGACUUUGCCUUCGACCCGUGCGGCUACUCGAUGAACGGCAUCCUGUUCGACGCGUACUACACGAUCCACAUCACGCCCGAGAGCCACUGCAGCUACGUGAGCUUCGAGACCAACGCGCGCCUCCGCUCGUACGCGUCGCUGCUGAAGAACGUGCUGCGCUGCUUCCGCCCCGCCAAGUACUCGGUCAGCGUGUACACGGACCGCAACGCGCUCGAGUCGGCCAAGGGCAACAACAUGUUCGCCGAGGACCUGGUCAAGAUCGACGACGACCUGCUGUACAAGCGCAAGGGCGGGCACACGCAGGCCACGUUCGAGGGCGACUACAUGUGCCGCAUGGCCAACUUCGCCCAGUCGGACAAGCCCGUGCUCAGCCGCGCCGCCCAGAAGAUCCGCUCUCCUUCCUUCGCGUAA